CAGUACAGUAGAGCAAUUUGAGCCGUCGAUUCGAGCAAACCUCUCCGGAAAACGCGUCGUCCGCUGACCGUCAGUUUGUCAGUUAGUCAGUGCGUCAGUUUGUCAGCUUGUCAGUCUGCAGAGUUCCAAUGUUCGCGUAACGUUCUUUUCUACCAACUCAGGGGGGUUACCAGGUCGAUCUUCUGUUGCUGUGCCUCAGGUUCGAUAAAUUCGCGUCAGUAAUUUUCGGUGCCGUGAUAUUUGUCAAGUGCUUAAUAUAAUAGUUAUAAAUAAUUGUAUAUAAAUAAAUAUAUAUGUAUAUGAUAAACGUUAACGUUAACACAUAUUUGUAUAAGUUAUAUAAGGCCCGAAACCGGUUUAAUGGCCAAAACAAAAAUUAGUUGAAGAGUGCCAAAGUAAUAAAUACAAAAGUUGAUUUCUCGCUGGAUUUAACUGCAAUAUUGGAUCGUAGCCGAAUAUACUUAAAUAUAUAAGUAUAUACAAUAUUUAAACGAUCGACAGCAGCAAGUCAUCAAUUAAUUUAAUCAAAAUCUAUAACUCAAAUUCAAUGAACAAAUAAUUUGUGCGAUCAACAAGCCAAUAAAUCGAUCAAUAAAAUUAAAUAUCAUAAAAAUACCAAACAAUAAACAUAAUAACAACAACUAUCAGUCUCAAAAGAGAACUGAAGAGUUAGAGAGAGAGAGAGAGAGAUACAAACUGCAACAACAUCUGGCUCUUUAGUGAGCGCAGGAAUUGAAACUGCAAGCAGUUGGGCCAGCUGCUCGAACAUCUGGCAACGCUCUGUCGUGCAGUUUUAAGCUGUAACGGUUAUUGGACGCGUUUUACUCACGCCAAACCGGAUAGAACGAGAGAGUAGGUGAGAGCGAGAGAGCACACAGACCGCAGCCAUGGGAAACUCAUCGUCACACACGCACGAACCACUCGAGCGCGGCUUCACACGCGGAAAAUUCGGCGAUGUUAAGAAUGGGAAAUCGGCCUCGUUUCGGUUUAGCAAAAAGUCGCCCAAGAAAAUGGAUCGUCUGCGACGCUCGUUUCGCGAUUCGUUUCGUCGUCGCAAGGAUCGUGUGCCAGAGUCCUCGAAGCCGCAUCAAUGGCAGGCCGACGAGGAAGCAGUGCGUUCCGCCACCUGCUCCUUCUCCGUCAAGUAUCUCGGCUGCGUGGAGGUCUUCGAGUCGCGCGGCAUGCAGGUCUGCGAGGAGGCACUCAAGGUUCUGAGGCAAUCUCGACGUCGUCCUGUGCGUGGCUUGCUGCAUGUCAGCGGCGAUGGAUUGCGCGUGGUGGACGAUGAGACAAAGGGUCUCAUUGUGGACCAGACCAUUGAGAAGGUGAGCUUCUGUGCGCCGGAUCGAAACCACGAGCGUGGCUUCAGCUACAUUUGUCGGGAUGGCACCACAAGGCGCUGGAUGUGCCAUGGCUUUCUGGCCUGCAAGGAUUCUGGCGAGAGAUUGUCGCAUGCUGUGGGCUGUGCUUUUGCCGUGUGUCUCGAGAGGAAGCAGCGCAGGGACAAGGAGUGCGGCGUCACGAUGACCUUUGACACUAAGAACUCGACCUUUACGCGCACGGGAUCGUUCCGGCAACAGACGCUCACCGAGAGAUUGGCCAUUGCCACCGUGGGCAGCAAUGAGCGUUGUGUCGAUGGUCCAGCGAUGCCAGGACCUCCGGCUGCGACGGUGAAGCCCUUCAAUCCGUUUGCCAUCGAGAGGCCGCAUGCCACGCCCAAUAUGCUGGAGAGGCAGAGCUCGUUCCGGCUGAGCACCAUUGGCAGCCAGUCGCCGUUCAAGCGUCAGAUGUCGCUGCGUGUCAACGAUCUUCCGUCCAAUGCGGAUCGGCAGAAGGCAUUCCUGGCCGCUGCCGGCGGCAAUCCGAAUCCACAUUCGUUGCACACUCCGCUGCGGAGUGUGUCGCCCAUUGCGGAGGUGUCGCCCGCCAAGUCCGGGAAUGAAGCGGCCCUCAUGGCCGCCGACACCGUUAGUCAGCUGUGCCAGGAGCUCAGCCAGGGUCUGUCACUGCUCAGCCAGACGGAUACGAUGCUCGCCGCCGGCGAUGAUCUGAAUUUCAACAACAAUCAUAGCAUCAACCAGAACAUCAUUGCCGCCGAGAAGCAACAGAAGGUAAUCUCGUACAGCGCCAGCGGAAGCGGCAGUGCCAGUGGCAGCGGAAGUGGCACGCCCACCGCCCAAGUGACGCCUCGUGUGGCGUCCUUGCCAUCUCCAGCUCGCUCCGAGCCGGGUGUCGAUGCAACCGAGCUGCCCAAUGCCGAUCAGUGGUUGGGUCAAGUGGUGCGCAGCAACUCACCCGCCGCACCACCCAAGAGGCCCAGCUACUUGGCCAAUGUGGGACGUGCUCAGACCUUGGCAGCGCAUGCCACAGCGGCAGGUGCAACUGAUCCAGAUCCUUUCGAUGCCGAAUGGGCGGCCAAUGUGGCAGCAGCCAAGAAAAUGUCACCGGAUCUGCCGGGAAGCGGUACAGCAACUGCAACCGGAGCCGGAACCGGAAACAGCAACAGGCACAGCACCAAUCCGUUUAUCUCACCGCCCAAGGCGCCAGCGCAAACAUUCCAGGUGCAACUGUAGGAUGUAGGCUCAGGUCAGGACAAGAUGCAGACAGGGGGCGGGGCAUAGUGGCGAGGGGCGGUCCAAAGUGUGGUUCACUUGAAAAACAUAACUUAGUGUAAUGGGGCAGCCAGCACAGAGAUCGAGAGUUAGUUUAAAGAUACAUAUACAUACAUAUAUAUAUAUAUAGAAACAGAUUCCGGAUACUUAACGCAAACAUAAAGUGUUGAAUUAUAUAAAUAAAUAUAUAUGUAUACACAUCUAUAUAUGUUAUACAAUAAACAAUGCAUAAACAAAGAAGAAUAUAAACGGUAAAUACCAUUACGCAGCGCAUAAAGUACAGUUAACUACGCAUAUAAGCAAAACACACGCAUACAGUUGGUUAAGUAAUUGUUUUGAUAACAUUAAAAUUUCAAAUACCUUUUAUUGGUUUCCUAUUUUUUCUGUCAUAGAAUGCAUAUACAUAAAUUCCAAGAUUUAUGUAGUCUAACUAUUAUUAAAAUAACAAAGCGAUAAUUGUUGUCAAGCCAAUUUCUUGACCAACUGUACAUACGCACGCUAAGCAAAUUAAUUUAGGAAUUGCACUGCUUAAACGCAUUAUAAAACUGUAUACACUGCUUGCCAAGUUCGCCAAGCAGUACGCGUACACACACAUAUUCACUGUCUGAACUGCUUGCCAAUUUAAACAAGCAGCUCGCCAAAUUUGACCAAGCUACCAAGUUACCCGCCAAUCCACCUUUAGCAACAACAACAACUUAUACUACUACAACAACAACAGUUAUUGCACUUUUACUUUACAGUAUCUAAAAUAAGUAUGAUUUCAAACUAUCUUUAACUAAUUAGA